AUGAACGCCCAACCGCCGUCUUACCCAAGCUCAGAAGAUGACCUUCACGUCAGAGAGCCAUCGUAUCGUGGCCUACACGAUCGCUCAAACCGGCACUCUUACAGCUGCGUUUCCUCCUCUGAUCCUGAGGCCGGCACGGCUCCUCUCCCCACAAGAAAGUGGACGAAACCGCUCCUGGAUGGCUUCGUGACCUUCUAUCAGGCCCUAGCCAGGAAACCGUGGAAUUUGACAGCUACGUUCAAUGAGAUGGCAGACGCGUCGGUCGCUCUCUACACUUUACGGAAGCGGCGCUCGAAGGGCAAACAGACCAUCCCAUCGUGCUGGCUUGACGACGACAGUGAUAGCGACUAUAACCCGGGGCACGAAACAUCGGAUUCUAAGCGAAAGCGUGCAUCUCGCACAGGAGGUUCAACUCGACCCAAAAAACAAUCUAGGAGCUCGGAACAAUUGAUUGUCAUCAUGGCCUUGAAAUCAAUAACUGGAAGAGCAUUCCUUGCCGCUCUUCCCAUGUCCGAGGCAGACAUCCCGCCUGAAGACAACGAGCAGUUGAUGCAGUACUGGAAUAUAGCCGUCUGCACGGUUGAAUCGAACUCGCGAUACUCGCUCCGGAAACGAGAAAGCCCUCAAGAGGGCAACGACCGGCUUGUAGAUCUGGAUGAAGCAGCAGCCAAGGGGUGUUGGGCGUGCCGCAAGAUCCAUCAAGACUGUUCACUCCUCGAAGAUCAGUUUGCAUAUCCUUGCCAGACCUGCAAGGAGGAUAACAUCGACUGCGAGCUGAUCAUCCCUCCUGUGUGGAAAAGAGCCUGUGAGAGAUGCAGACGCUCAGGGAAGACAUGCUCCUACAGCUACGGCGAAACCGACCACAGUGUAUCUUGUGAACAAUGUCAAGCAACGGGAAUUCCUUGUACCGCCGGCCCAGCAAAGAGCAAACCGCCGCUGGAGCCAAGGACGAAGACAGAUAAACGCGAGAGUUGUGCGGGCUCUGGUGACUCUGGGUCCAUUUGGGCCACAAUUCCCCCUCUCCCUGCAAAUGACGAGCCCGAGGACCCUGUUUCCUUUACAUCAGCCCCGAAGAACCGCGGCACUCGGAUUAUCUACACGUCCUUGGCCCAUCCGGUGGACUUCGCCUAUGAGCCACCAUCUGACGGCACGGACCCUUGUCACUGGUGUAGCAAUUUCGUCUAUGGCAUCAUGGGACUGGGUAGAAGAGCCGUCGAAGUCAUCGAUUUCGGUGAUGGGAGGUAUGUCGAAAUAAAUGGAGGACAUGUCAAAGAUGGUCACGAGCCCAGUCGAAUGUGCGUCACCUGUGCAUUGGAGAGAAUCCACAUCGUGAACUGCUCACGUCACGACAUUGUCCCUCUUAAAGGAUACAAAGUAGACACCUUCGACUUCGACGCUGCUUAUAACAGCUUGAUCCCGAUACCAGGACAGCCACCGAAACGGAUCAACCCGUGGUGUUCUCUCUGCCCGAAUCCAGCAUUUUUCGGUUGCAGCACUCUUCAGCUAGUGAACAAAUACCAGGAGCCCGUCGCACCAACCUCACCCCAUGCGCGUGGAUGCGGCUUAUUGCUUUGUGAACGCUGCGACUUGUUGAUGCGAGCCUACCGUGGGAAUAUGGCCAAGGUGGCUGCCAAAAAUGACCAGGCAAAUGCAGAGUUUGGGAGUCGAGCUGAUGUUGUUUAUAUUUUGCCCGAGAAUGACCUUUAUCGCUUUUAUACCAAGGCAGCUGCCACGAGACGUGCGCAGCUCACCGUCACGACGUCUUCCACAAAGCGCCGUAAGGUUGCAGAGCCUCGCAGACCAGGAGGAGCCCUUCCGGGUUUGUCGUUUGCCUCGCAGGCUGGAAGACGUCACAGUCAGCAGCCCCAUUCCGACUCGUCUUCCGUGCCACCAAAUCCUCGCCCAUCGUCUACGUCCGGGUCGAAUCGAAGUCAAAGCCCUUCUGUGUCCCCGUCUCCUCGCUACAUUCCCGCUCAUUUGCAGGAAGAAGUGCUUGGCACCGCCGCCCGCUCCCCGACCCCGGAAUCCGCGAGUAGUGCCGCCGACUAUCCUUCGAUCGCCUGCGCAGGACUCACCCUACACAGCGACGCUAUGACGGAUAUAUCUGGUUCCGACAAAAGAGAUGGCAGUGUUCCGCCUACUGGAGGUGACGUUCGGUCAUCCUCCCCGGGUAUCAAACGGUCGGCUCCUAACGCCGACCAGGAUGUGGAGAUGGAUCUAGGUUCGACGGAGAAGAGAUCUGUUUCGCUGUCCCAGCACACAGACGCGAUGGAUACGACUACGGCGGAGGGGAGCUCGAACGGCAACGGUGACAACUCUGGGUCAGACAACGUCUAUCCCACGCCAUCCAGCAUGUCGACCUUUACCGCCCCCACGGCGACCCGAAAGGAAUCCAAGGCCCAAGCCUCCGGCUCGUCCCACGAUCUCCCUCCCAUCGACGACCAAGUCGCUCAAGUGACCUGCACCAUGGCCCAGCCGUUGAAGGAGAAACAGAAGGGAUAUCUCGUGUCCAUGUCUUGGCUGCAGCGGGUGCUCGCUCGCAGCUCGACCCAUGCCGACAAGGCAGAUAAGUCGGCAGCUGAAGGAGAAAUUGGACCCGUGGAUAACUCAGACCUUGUGCUGGUCACUGACCCGGCGAUUACCGGCUUCCAUGAUGAGGCAGGAGAGCCAUUUGUGCCCUUGCGUCCAGGUCUACAGAUGGGAGAGGACUUUGAGAUAGUGCCCCAGGAAGGCUGGGACCUGAUCAUGCGAUGGUACGGCUUGGCUAAUCAGUCGCCAGCCAUUGUUCGCUAUGCUCACAACACCGUGGAGGAAGGUGAUACUGAAAAUAUUCAAUACGAGCUUCAUCCUCCAAUCUUCACCAUUCUGAAGCUAGCAACCCCGGCAGCGGGGACCACUCCACAGAGUCUAAGAGAGAAGAAUAUGCCACCUGCGAAGGUCUUGUCCAGCCGACACACCAACUUCCAAAAAUGGCUGAAGCAAGUGAAGGGACUGGCCAAUAUUGACAUGUCUACCAAGGUCCGUGUAUGGAGAAUUCUCGGGGGACUGGGAAGCGCGACGGCAUCGGCUGCAAUCACACCCGCUGCGUCACGGAGCGCUUCUCCGGCGCCUACGGCCUCCCUGGUUGCCAAUGCCGGCAACAACCUUGUGCUUGACCUCAACACUUUCCUCUCGUUAUCGGACGGCGCUCAGCGAGAACUGGUCGAUAACGUCAAGGACCAAACAAAUAAUCCUAAUUUCAACGGUCGAUCUACCUUGGAUCGUGUUGGCUUGUCUACCAGUGAUGUUGUGGUACUUGAGGAGCGCGUUGGUGGAGAAUGGGCUUCAGAAGUAUCCAAAAAGACCCUUGAUCGCCUAGGUGUCCCGAGUGGCAGUAUGAAGAAUGGCCUGCCUGCGAAGCUCAAGAACAAAAGUCCUACCAACAGUGGUAGAUCAUCGCCCGCUCCAGAGCCUAUUAGGGGCCGACGUAAAGACGGAAAGCCCAGGGGCUCCACGGGAUUGAGCAACCUCGGAAACACCUGCUACAUGAACUCUGCUMUACAGUGCGUGCGUAGUGUGGAGGAACUCACAUACUACUUCCUGAACGAUGUGUAUAAGAAAGAUCUCAACCCCAGUAAUCCUCUCGCCCAUAACGGUGAUAUAGCCAAGGCGUAUGCGAACCUUCUUCGUAUGAUCUACGACGAAGCGGGUCAGUCGUCGUUCGCUCCCCGCCAGUUUAAACAUACCAUCGGUCGUUAUGGUCCAGCAUUCUCCGGAUACGGGCAACAGGACUCGCAGGAAUUUCUGUUGUUCCUACUGGAUGGGCUGCAAGAAGAUUUGAACAGAAUCCAGAAGAAGCCAUAUAUCGAGAAGCCUGAUUCCACGGACGACAUGGUCCACGACAAGGAGGCUCUCAAAGAGUUUGCCAAUAAGUGCUGGGACAUUUACAAAGCCCGCAAUGACUCGGUCAUCACGGAUCUUUUUGCGGGCAUGUACAAGUCAACCCUUGUCUGUCCUGUCUGCGAGAAGGUCAGCAUCAUCUUUGAUCCAUUUAACAAUCUGACGCUUCAGCUUCCGAUCGAGAAUCUUUGGAGCAAGGAGAUCUUCUUUUUCCCUCUCCACCGCAAGCCUGUCAUCGUUGACGUGGAGAUUGAUAAAAACGCCAGCAUCAAGGCGCUCAAGGAGUUAGUAGCCAAGAAGAUGGGCUCCGAUCCUCAGCGUCUCGUCAUGGCCGAAAUUUACAAGUGCAAAUUCUACAAGAUGUUCGACAACUCAGCGUCCAUUGCUGAUUGCCAGAUCGGCCAAGGCGACGACAUCGCAAUCUUCGAGGUGGAAUCUGUCCCUACCAACUAUAAUCCCGACAAGCGCCAGAAGAGUUACUUUUCUUAUGGACGUUCAGACUAUGAAGAAAUUCCGAGCUUUGACUCGCCCAAGGCAGAUCGAAUGCUUGUGCCCAUCUUCAAUCGCCAUUGCCGACCAAAGUCGAAUAACAGCGGGAAUAUGCAGCGGUCGCUCUUCGGCGCUCCUUUGUAUGUAAUCAUCAGCAGACAAGAAGCUCAAGAUUACGAUGCCAUCCUCCGCAAAGUUCUUGAAGCUGUUGCCACAUUGACAACGCGAGACAUUCUCAAUGAGGAGAACAUCAAGAAAGCUGAUGAGCAAGGGGGAACUCAAGAGGAUUCGGAUACCGUUGUGAUGAAUGAAGAUGACGCGCAAUCUGCAGAUUCUAAAAUCAAGACCUCAUCCGUGGACGGUGAGGAUGGCUUGGUGGACGUUUCCAUGCGCGACGCUUCGGACGAGAUGGAUACUCCAUCUUCACAAGACACCCAGCGUGAAAAUGCUGUCUCGGGCCCUGGCAGCUCUAUUGCACCUGGCCUCCGGAGCCUCUUCGACAUGAAGAUUAUCAAAUCGUCCCACGAGGUUGUGCCUCUCGGCUGGUCUUCAGUGGACGAUAUCAAAGACUAUCCAUUGAUGUCGUCCAGGGUCAAAGCACAGUCGUCUAGCAAACAGAAGAAGGUAAACAUCCGCGAGAAUAUAUUUAUCAGUGAAGACAGGCAAUCUGACAACAGUGUAAAUUCGCAGACAACAUCCGGUACAGUGACCGAGCGAAAGACCAGUGAUGACUCGGAUCAGGAUGGAAGCGCCGGCAGUGCUUCUGACAGUGACUCAGACAUGUUCUCCAACAUCAGUCGCCCUAAGGCUGUAAAGAACCAAACCGACGAGCGUCCUCUGAUCCGCCCGGGCGAAGGUAUCGUGCUGGAUUGGAACGAUCAAGCCCACGAUGCCCUAUUUGGUGGGGAUAAAAAGGGCACUGACGGACUACGUGGUACUCCUACAUGGACCAACGUGGAGCGCAUUCCUGAUCCGGAACUCGCCAAACGCCGUGAUCUUCGUCGGAGCCGGAAGAAGAGGGGCGUUACGCUCUACGAAUGUCUUGAUGAGUUCAACAAAGAGGAGAUUCUUUCCGAGAAUGAUGCAUGGUACUGCCCUCGCUGCAAGGAGCAUCGCAGAGCCAGCAAGAAGUUCGAAUUGUGGAAGACUCCCGACAUCCUUGUCAUGCACCUGAAGAGAUUCAGCGCCAGCAGGGGUUUUAGGGACAAGCUGGAUGUCUUGGUCGACUUCCCCGUUGAAGGGCUGGACAUGAGCGGCCGUGUCGAAGCGCCUGAAGAGGGAAAGAGCCUAAUCUAUGAUCUCUUCGCGGUUGAUAACCACUACGGUGGAUUAGGAGGCGGUCACUAUACGGCCUACGCGAAGAACUUUAUGAGUGGCGAAUGGAACGAGUACAAUGAUUCGUCUGUCUCACGACCAAUUGACCCCCAAAGUGUGGUGACUCCCGCCGCGUAUUUAUUGUUUUACCGUCGGCGUUCAGACCGCCCGCUGGGCGGAAAGAUCUUGGAGGAAAUCGCCGAGUCGUCAACUCGACCAGCCAGCGAGGACAACUCCCCUGCUGGGUCCCGUGCGCAGUCGCCGUCGGGGAACGGGCGGCGUCUCGGCGGCUCCUCCCGCAAUGGGUCGUCGAGCGCCUUAGCCGGAGUCGGAGCAGCUCACCAAGCGGGAGAUGGUGGUUUGCGAACAGGAAUCCGGGCGAGGAAUGAGGACAGUGAUGAUGACGACGAUGAUGAAUCUCCCCCUGACUAUUCGGACAGCCCAGCCGCUGGCGAGCAGAGCCUUGCGAAAGCAAACCGACUGGAAGGUAUGAGCUUUGAUGAAGACGAGUUCGGCGAUGGAGCCUAUGCCAACCCGCUCCCCUACUCAAGCCAGCCCACGUGGUCCUUCGACCGAGUCACAAAUGCUCAUGGCCUUUCACAGAUGACCACAGUACCCCCGGGAUCCAUCUCUGAUGACGAGGAUUUGUUCGACGACGAUGCCAGCAACAAAGCCGUGGGCGGGGGAGAUCUCAGCGACUCCGACUUGCGCCUCGCCGCAUUGACCGGAAGCCCAAUCGGUCAGGGAGUGUUCCCAGGCACGCCCAUGGAGGAGGAAGCUCCGAUUCAGGACAUCCCUCCGCCACUAGACGGUGAUGACGAUGAAGAUUUACCCGUGGUGGAGUUACGGGUGAAUGAUGAUGACCAGAUCGUCUCGGACUGA